AUGGCUGCACCGACGCCAGCAGCCGAGGAGGGCCCUGUGCGCGCGGGCGGGUUCCUGGAGGCGAACCUGGAGUGGGAAGAGUGGCGGGGCGACUGGCCGUUGGCGCUGCAUGCGGCGGCGGGCAGCGUCGCGGGCCUGAUGGAGCACUUGACAAUGUACCCGAUCGACACCAUCAAAACUCGGGUGCAGGCUCUGUGCAUCGCGUCAACGCCUUCCGCCGCGCCCGCAAACGGCGCCGAGACAGGAGACGUGGUCAGGGCGAGGGAGGCCUGCCGCGGGGGUACGGGUGCACAGGCGCCUUUUUCGCCGCACGCAGAGACGGCGGGCGGCGGGCCGGCCGUUCGGACGGGGCGGGGCGGCGGCGCGCCCCCACAGGGACACGGCCUCGAGGCGGUCCGGGUCUCGGCGGCGCGAGGGCUGGACGCUGCAGGGAGCCUUAGGGCGGCCGCCGCGCCGGAGGGGCAGCUGCCCCAGCCGCGCGCCCGAAAAAGCCCCUUUUGCGCCACGUGUCCCCUCCACGAGCGCCCUCUGCCGCCCUGCCCGGUCGCGCCGGCGACCUACACGCGCCAGUCGCCCUUCUCCUCGCUCGUCGUCUCUCCUCGUGACAAGCCUUUCUCCUCCGUGCGCCACCGGGACGUGGCUGUUUGCCGCAUGCGGCAGACUCGGGCAGCUGACGUGACCAGCCAGACACUUACCAGGGCGCCUCUGGACUGUGGGAACCUCGCCUUGAGCUCCAGGCAUGUCGCGUGCCAGCUGCCCCUGCGCGCGCCCGCCACGGGCGGGGGCCAGAGCUCCACGUACUCUUCUCUCGCUUCCCCAUCAGGUUCGCCCCUCGCGCAUUCGUCCGCCUCAUCGUCCUCGGCGCCACGACGCGCGCAGGGCGGAGGGGGGAGAGCCCGCGGCGGCAGAAGUCUCCGCGGCCUGGAGGGCGUGUCUCAACAAGCCGGAGGGCGCGCGGCUGCAGGCAGGCCGGCGGGGACAUCAGCUCUCGCUCUUGUCUCACGCCCAGCUGCACAUCGGCCUCUGACUCCCUUCUGUUCAUCUCUAGGGCGUCUGGGGCCAUCUCCAGUGUCGAUCCACGCCUCCAGAAGGCCUUUUGCUCAGGUAUGCAGCCCUGGCCGUUCUCUCGGUUCCAGCAGCGGCCUUCCGUCUGUGUGUCGUCUCGUAGGCUGCGCAGGGCAACCAGGUCAAAGACACCCUGUGCCCCUCUCGUCUGCUUCUCCAUUCGCAUCUGCCUCGUCUGUCGCUCUCUCCGCGCGAGGGCGCCUGGCCCCGUCCCUGUAUGCGGCUGCCACGUGUGCAGAGUGUCAGCUGCGACUCGCAGGCGAGCCUUGGCUGCUGCCCCAAGGCCCGCGCAGCACUGAGGUGGGGACGCGUUACGUCACGACGCUCGCGGGCUCGGGCGAGUUGGGCGCGAGCUGUGGCGAGCCGGCGGGUAGCCAGAAAGCUGCUGGAGGGCGCGUAUCGGCGACCUUUUUCGUGCGUGGCGAGGAAGGUGUGAAAGCCGAGAGAGGCCGGAGCUCAGUUUUUUCCGCCGCGAGGUCGCUGUACCGUGAGGGCGGCAUCCCGCGAUUCUACCGCGGCGCCACGGCGGUUGCCUCGGGGUGCGUGCCUGCGCAUGCGCUCUACUUCCUCUGCUACGAGGGAACGAAGGAGUUUUUUCUCGACAGGAAAGAACGCAGCCUCUCGCCCUCAGCUUCCGCGUCGCAGUCGCCGUCACCUGCAUCUGGGGACAGGCGAACGGAGGGCACGGAAGCAGGCGACGGAGACGCGGCUUCGCUAGGCAACGCUGCGGAGGCGCCAGGGUGCCCGCGCCGGGCCAAGGGGCAGCGAUCCAACAGGUGGGGCCCUGUGCCCGUGGAGCCCCCCGGGGCCGGCUGGUCUGACGGCUGGGUCGCCGUGGGGGAGGCCCAGGUGCCAGGCCGCUCGCGCCCCGGUGGCGACGCUGCGGAGGGGGCGGUGGCGGGCGAGGAAAGGCUGCAGCUGUCUCCAGUCGAGUCGCUGAUCUGCGGAGGGCUCGCCACAGUCACGCACGACAUCGUGCUGACGCCCAUGGACGUCAUCAAGCAGAGACUGCAACUUGGCUGCUACAGGAGUCCGCUGGAUUGCCUGCGGACCGUUCUUCAGCAGGAGGGCGUGGCGGCGCUGUGCAGAAGCCUGCCGGCGACUGUGCUCUUAAACUUGCCUUAUGGGGCGACGCUCGUCUGCGUCAACGAGUGGAUGAAGCAGACGGUCUUUCGCCGCUUCGAGGGAUACGCAAGCGGCAGCACUAACCUCUACUUGUACUUCUUAUGCGCAGCGGUCAGCGGUGGAGUUGCAGGUUUGAUUUCAAAUCCACUGGACGUCAUCAAGACGCGGCUGCAGACACAGGAUUGCUACCUGCAAAGACAAGAAGCGCUGGCGCGCCAGGCGACCGCGCGGGCGGCGGGUCUCGGGAAAGGACCUGGGGGCCUCGGCCCGGGGGCCACGAACCUGGGCUCGCCCCCAGGGGCUUUCCUCCCUCGAGUCAGCCAGAAAUACACGUCGCUGCAUAACGCGGUUCGCACGAUUUUUAGGGAGGAAGGCGUUCGCGGCUUUUGGAAGGGCACGUCGACGCGGAUUGCUUUGAGCGCUCCCGCCACUGGAAUCUGCUGGGGUUCCUACGAGACGGUGAAGUACCUCUGGAGACGGCUGUACGUGAAGGAGACCGGGGCUUGA